GCUGGCAACUGCUCAAACGAACCUUUACAGACUUUCCUGAGAUACUCAUAAUCAAGUAUACCUAUUACCUACCUUAGUGUUGUUAAGGGGGUACGUUUACUUGACUGUGAAUGAGAAAAAGUUUGUGAUAUGUGUGAAAGUAUUUUUCAGUGUUUAACUUAGUUUAAUGCAAAAAUUUGACAUUUGUAGAGUGCGAAGAGUGAGCGUGAAUAGCUAUAUAGGAAAGCUUUGACUGUCGUUCGAAUCAACAGGCUUGUAAGAACAUGCUGCUAGGGAAGACAUGGAGCCAAAAGUUAAGCGACUAAAACCGCAUAUGGCAUCUCAGUUCCCAGCUGGGCCGCCUAUGCAAGCCAGUGCAAUGAACGCUGCCCAGAUGUCGUCAUUUGUUGCUGGUCAACCAAUCACUAUCCACACAGCUUCACAAGGCAUGUAUCCAUAUGCGCAUUGGGCCAAUGCUGCCACAGGUUCACCUCUUGUGCAGUGGGCAAAUGCUGCUACUGGCACCCCUGUGAUUCAGCGUGCUCGUGCUGCUUCUGGGCCAACAGUCAGACAUCGACCGGAUGCUGCGACGGCUGCUGGUCCACCUCUAAUACGCCGAAACACCACUGUACAAUCCAGAGUAUGCCAGAGUGUUACGAACAGGUCUGGCACAUCCAACUGCUUGCCGCCACUGUCUCAGACUUCUAGUGCAGCUGGACUGCCUCUCAUAAAGUGCACUGCUGCAGGAUCACCUGUUGUGCAGCAAGCAACCAACUGCCUAGCUCAAAAAGAUACCUCUGCAGUCCCUGCCAACAGGUCAGCGCUACAUGUCACACUCUCUACUUUUGGCUCAUCUGUUCAGGUCGCCACUAUGUCAUCUGAUGGUUCUGCGCUGACUGCUGCUUCAGUUUCUUCUGACGGUUCUCUGAUGCGCGCCACUUCAAUUGUGUCUGAUGGGUCAUCACUGCAUGCCACAGCCAUUAUAUCAAAUGGAUUGUCAUUGCAUGCCACAGCUGUCAGUACUGACAAGUCGUCUUUACAUGCAACAGCGAUCAGUUCUGAUCGGUCCUCUUUGCACACUACAGCUGUUAGGUGUGAAGGAUCAUCUCUGCAUGCCACAGCUAUCAAGGCUGCAGGUUCAACUCUUUCCGCUGCAGCAGUUACCUCUGAUGGUACAUUUCCAAGCACUGCUGUCGUUACCUCCAGUGAGUUAGCCAGUUGUCCAAAGCCAAUAAAUUCAGGCAGGAGGUCUCCAGAAGCAGAAGUUGGAGACUGUGAAGGGCCAUCCUCAAAUUUUGUCUCCAUUAAUCCUCAGGGCUCACCUCAGCAGGACUCUUUCACUAACUGCAGCAAAUCAUCUCUGCAUCCUGGAGUCACCAGUUCCAGUACUAACAACUAACUGUGUACAUUUUAUUAGCAAAAACUUGUGGAUAAUUGAGUGUUGAGUCAGUAUUAUUGAGUGUCCAAUGCAGUUGAUGGUUCUAUCAACAUUUUAAGGUAUAUAUAUGAAAAGUAGUGAAGUGGCUUUCCUGUAAAAUAUUACUGGUAUAUGGAGAAACUUGGUCUGUUUUUUUCAUCAAAUGUAAUGCAGGACAUUUCAAAUCAAUGCACAGUUUGUUGGUCCGCAGUUCAGAGAUUUAGCAAUAUAUAGUCAACAUUUAUGUACAAUAGGGGCAAAAGUUAAAAUGAAUACCCAUUUAUGAAGCAGAUGAUUGAAUGUUAAACUCUUCACUUACUUACAUAUGUUCUUGCUUUAUUUAAAAUAGCUACUUAAUAAAACAUUUACUCUGCAA